AGUGGCGCGCAGGCUCUUGUAACGUUCCCGGCGCCGCGUUUGAAUUCGAGGAGGAGCGAAGCGGUGCCAAGCCUCUACCCAGACCCUGCUAGGUCCGUGGAGCAAAUCCGGGAACAUGAGUGCGGCGGCAACUGCAGGGAAGCUGGCGCGGGCACCAGCGGACCCAGGGAAAGCCGGGGGUCCCGGAGGUGCAGCUCCCGGGGCCCCGGCGGCUGCUCCGCCGGCGAAAGAGAUCCCGGAGGUCCUAGUGGACCCGCGCAGCCGGCGGCGCUACCUGCGGGGACGCUUUCUGGGGAAGGGAGGCUUUGCUAAGUGCUUCGAAAUCUCGGACGCUGACACUAAGGAGGUGUUCGCGGGCAAGAUCGUGCCUAAGUCUCUGCUGCUCAAGCCGCACCAGAAGGAGAAGAUGUCCAUGGAGAUUUCCAUUCACCGCAGCCUCGCCCACCAGCACAUCGUAGGCUUCCACGGCUUUUUCGAGGACAAUGACUUCGUAUUCGUGGUGUUGGAGCUCUGCCGCCGGAGGUCUCUCCUGGAGCUGCACAAACGGAGGAAAGCACUGACCGAGCCGGAAGCCCGCUACUACCUUCGGCAGAUUGUCCUUGGCUGCCAGUACCUGCACCGAAACCGGGUUAUUCACCGGGACCUUAAGCUGGGCAACCUUUUCCUGAAUGAGGAUCUGGAGGUGAAAAUAGGGGAUUUUGGACUGGCAACCAAAGUGGAAUAUGACGGGGAACGCAAGAAGACCUUGUGCGGGACUCCCAAUUACAUAGCUCCUGAGGUGCUGAGCAAGAAAGGGCACAGUUUCGAGGUGGACGUGUGGUCCAUUGGGUGUAUCAUGUAUACAUUGUUAGUGGGCAAACCACCUUUUGAGACCUCUUGCCUCAAAGAGACCUACCUCCGGAUCAAGAAGAAUGACUACAGUAUUCCCAAGCAUGUCAACCCUGUGGCUGCCUCCCUCAUCCAGAAGAUGCUUCAGACAGAUCCUACUGCCCGCCCCACCAUUCAUGAGCUGCUCAAUGACGAGUUCUUUACUUCCGGCUACAUCCCUGCUCGGCUCCCCAUCACCUGUCUCACAAUUGCACCCCGGUUUUCCAUCGCUCCCAGCAGUCUGGACCCCAACAGCCGGAAACCUCUCACAGUCCUCAAUAAAGGCACGGAGAACCCCAUGCCUGAGCGGCCCCGGGAAAAAGAGGAGCCAGGGGUCCGGGAGACCAAUGAGGUGGUUGACUGCCACCUGGGCGAUAUGCUACAGCAGCUACACAGCGUCAAUGCAUCCAAGCCCUCAGAGCGGGGGCUGGUGAGGCAAGAGGAGGCUGAGGAUCCUGCCUGCAUCCCCAUCUUCUGGGUCAGCAAGUGGGUGGACUAUUCGGACAAGUACGGCCUCGGGUACCAGCUAUGUGACAACAGCGUGGGGGUGCUCUUCAAUGACUCGACGCGCCUGAUCCUCUACAAUGACGGUGACAGCCUGCAGUACAUAGAGCGUGAUGGCACCGAGUCCUACCUCACCGUGAGCUCCCAUCCCAACUCCCUGAUGAAGAAGAUCACCCUCCUGAAGUAUUUCCGGAACUACAUGAGUGAACACUUGCUGAAGGCAGGGGCCAACAUCACACCCCGGGAAGGCGAUGAGCUCGCCCGGCUACCCUACCUGCGCACUUGGUUUCGCACCCGCAGCGCCAUCAUCCUUCACCUCAGCAAUGGCUGUGUGCAGAUCAACUUCUUCCAGGACCAUACCAAACUCAUCCUGUGCCCACUGAUGGCAGCAGUGACCUACAUCGACGAGAGGCGGGACUUCCGCACGUACCGCCUGAGCCUGCUGGAGGAAUACGGCUGCUCCAAGGAGCUGGCCAGCCGGCUCCGCUAUGCCCGCACCAUGGUGGACAAACUGCUGAGCUCCCGCUCAGCCGCCAACCGUCUCAAGGCCUCCUCGUAGGCCUUCCUCCCCUCCGGACUGGCACCCCCUUCUUUCCCCCACAGCACCUUGGCUUGCACUGGUUAGCUCCCCUCGUGCCGUUUUCUAGAAUAUGCCCCCCAGCUCUGGGGGCUGGGGAGAGCUCCAUCAUCCUUGCUGGUGGGGGUCGUCGUGUAAGUUAUUUUUGUACAUGUUCGGGUGUGGGUUUUAUGGCCUCUUCCCCUUGCCCCUCAGCCCCACCAUAUGCAUUGUACAGAAUACUGCUCUUGAAUCUGGGACUGUCCUUUCCUUGCCUUUAUAUACAUUAAACACAUGUGAAUCUUCUA